AUGUCCCAUCUUGUUCAUCUUACCAAUGCACGGCUGGCCCAGGGGGACCAGCUGGUUUCUGGCGACUUGUGGUUUGACCCCAAGGCUGGUGUUUUCGUUCCCCCACCUAACCCCGCUCCAACGUCAACAGUCAUCGAUAUUCAGAAUCGCAUUGUGGCCCCAGGGUUCUUGGAUCUACAGAUCAAUGGAGCCUAUGGAUUUGACUUUUCGGAGGAUAGCGCCAAUAACCAUGCUGGCAUAUCGUAUACUGAGCGAUACCGGGAUGUCCGACGGAAGCUCAUCGCUACUGGGACUACGAGCUUACUGCCUACGAUGACCAGCCCCUCCAAGUCUCGAGAUCCAUUCGACGGAGCCGAGUCCCUCGGCGCUCAUUGUGAGGGACCGUUCUUUGCCCACAAUCGAAUGGGUGUUCAUCUACCGAAUGCCAUCCAUGCGUCCGGGGUAACUAGCGAACCAGAGCGUGUCCUUGAAACCUACGGAGCCAGAAACCUGAUAAACACAGAUGGUUUGUCGAACCGGGCAAGCCCCAGAUCUAUCCCAUCCAAUGUUCGCAUGAUCACCAUGGCUCCGGAACGACUAGGUGCCCUGGACACGAUCAAACAACUCAGCCAAGCGGGAAUCAUCAUGAGUAUUGGCCAUACAGCAGCGAAUUACCAACAGUCCAGGGCUGGUAUUGACGCGGGUGCGACUAUGAUCACCCAUUUGUAUAAUCAGAUGAAUGGCCACCAUCACCGUGAGCCUGGUCCCCUUGGGAUACUGGGUGGAGCAGGGGAUGUGAACGAGGAGAAUGAGACUAGGAUCCUCAAACAAGACCAGAAAGGAGAAGAUACGAAUAUAAACCGUCCCUAUUUCGGUAUCAUUGCGGAUGGUAACCACGUUCACCCGGCUAGUAUCCGGCUGGCACAGCUGAUGCAUCCGGGUGGUCUUGUCUUGGUGACUGAUGCCUUGUUACUUCUUGGUGGCGAGGAUGGGACGAUCGAUUGGCUUACGAGGAGGCUUACGAAGAAGGGCGUUUCUGUCACCCUGGAAGGAACUGAUAUUAUCGCUGGAAGCUGUGUGACACUCCUCCAGUGCUUGAAUAAUUUUCGUCGGUGGACGGGUGUGUCUAUUCCCAUUGCUCUUCAAGCGGUGACUUCGAGGCCGGCUGCGGUUCUUGGUCUGUCACAUCUGAAAGGGACUUUAAGAGUGGGUGCUGAUGCCGACUUUGUUGUGUUGAAGGAGGAAGCCGUCCAGGGUCAAUGUACCUCUGAUUUGGUUGUAGAUCAAGUCUGGAAGUUUGGUGUCAAGGUGUACGACCAAGCAACCCAUGAAUAG